GGAGGUGUCCACUUUACUGCAAGUACCGGGUACGUAGUAUAGCACUGCACUGCAUGUGAUGUAGUAUUAAUUAUAUUGUGGAUGCUCCGAUCCGGAUGCUGACAAAACGUCCUACUCCUACUAUAUUAUAUAGUACUAGUACUACUAGGCCUAGUCCUACAUUACUGUUACAUCUUAAGUGAAAACAAACAAAGUUAAUCAAGAUGUUGAACUUCCUGAUGUGAAUAGCUCUUAUUGGAAUUUUGAUGAUCGGACACUUCCUGUUGGCAGCUGCAGUUCUCUCGCGCGGGGGAGACAGGAAUCUUGGCCCUAAUGUGCAAAAUCGCUCGUUGCCUAAUAUCUGCAGAAUAACGGUCAUUUCCUUUUGAGUGGGCUUGUUGCCAGUUUUGACGACAGGCUGUGAAUAGUGUAUUGCUGUGUAAACCGGCUACGUAUGUAUGAGGUUGAGUUCAUGGCAUGCUGUGCUUAUUGUGGACAGCGAAGAACCAGUGCAUUGGUGCGAUACAUCAAGUGGCUUGUAUUAGGUCAGUGAGUUUAAGUUACUGAUCCUUCCACUUGAUCUUGGUCAUGAACAAGGAUCGUCCACAUUUGGUAAAGGAAGAAAUGAUGAAUAGGAAUGUGUAACCUGUUGAAACACACAGACACAGCAUUUGGCGAAGAGCUGCAUUGUGUUUUGAUCGGUUGAUUCGUGCAGAGCAACAGACGUCAGGAUGAAAUUCAACGAGAAGAAUGUAUCUUACUUUGCAUCAUGCAAUUCGCCAGUUGACAAGACUGGGUCUUUACUCAAGAAGGCGGAUAACCACCGCAACUUUCAAAAGCGCUGGUUUGUGUUGAAAGGCAAUUUACUCUUCUACUAUGACAAGGAAGGGGACAAGGAACCCCAAGGGGUCAUCAUCCUGGAAGGAUGUCGAGUGGAGCUUGCUGACCUGGAGGACUGCCUGUACUGCUUUCAGAUUUCUUUCUCUCUGAAGGAUUCACGGACGUAUGUCAUGGCAGCCACCAGCCAGGAAGAGAUGGAGUCUUGGAUGAAGGCCUUGUCUUGCUCCAGCUAUGACUACAUGAAAGCCAUGGUGGACGAGCUUCAGAAACAGCUCGACGAUCUUUCACAUGGAAAUAGUGAAAACUCUCCCGCUAUGGUUAUCCGGACCUCGGUCAUUCAGAGUUCUGAGGUCCCUGAGGCAGAUGGUGCAACAGGCAGAUCCGCACCUAGUUCUAUUCCUGCAAUACCCGAACACGUCUUGGAGUUGCCCCCGAAGCAAAACAUGAGCACGUACGAGCGGGGCAAGACGGAAUCCCUUGCUCAUAGGGGGGCUCCUCGUCAGAGUGCCUAUCAAAGAAAUUCAUUGCCAUUUAACAAUUACAGUAACCCCUCUUAUGACAUUUGGGACCCCCUUGUUUCUUCAAGCAAAAAUCCUCCUGAACAAUCAAAUGGAGCUGCAAAGCCGAUACCCCAAUUUGUAGUCGAGCAAGAUAGCAGUGAUAGUGAGGAUGACGAAGUAAAGCCAUCAGAUUCUGCAAACAACUCCAACAAGAACGCCCAAACAGACUAUAAGGCUGACCAGACCGACGGUCAGCAUGUGUCUAGGUUAGCAUCAAAAGGUCGCAAGGUCAUGUCUGUAUUCUAUGAAAAUCUCAACAUGCCUCUCAUGUCGGGGUCCAGCGAUACCAGUCCCAGACUCUCCAGGAAGAGUGUGUUUGGCCGUGGAGGCAACGCCGCUGCCCAGGGUCCCAAGUCGGCCCAAGCUGGACAGUCCGUCUUCCAUGUCCACAACCAAAAUGUCAGGACUUUCUCAGACAUGCACGAGGAGUUCGGAAUGCUUAUUGUGAGAAAGAUGAAUUUGUUCCGUCAGAGGAAAACUUCAGGAUCAUCUUGAACUUAGGUGACUAAUAGUUGACUUGGAAGCUUCCAAAGUUCCAGUUUCUGUCAUAUAUAUGUAUUCUUAUGAAUGGACGAAGUCCAGUUAGUAGAACAUUAGCUGCGUCGUUGUCUUGACUAUUUCAAAUCCAAUGUUGACUCUGUUUAGACCAUCGAUAUAAACAACCUGGAUAGAGCACCAACACACUUUUUUCUCUUGUGUGUGCUUGUGCGUGUGUUUCUUACAUAUUGGUAUGGCCCCCAUGUACUGUUAAUUGUGUCAUGGAGUAUUUGUUCUUGUAGCUUCAAGGUUGUAUGCAGCAGUAUACACAGAGCUCUAUCCAAUUAUUUUAUAUCAAUGAUUUAGAUAUGUUAUAUCUGCCAGGGCAGUGUUUAACAUAAGAUUUUUAUCAUUUUGAUUCUCAUCAGCUUAGGUUGAAAUCUGAUAUUUGUUGAUUAUAUAUUAUAAUUCUGAUUUUUUAUCUGAAUGUGUAAGUUCAAUCAUUUUCAAGGUUUGAUGAGAGUUACAGGAUUAGAAAAGAAGCAGAAAAUGAGGGUACCUCAUUUUGUAUAAGAAAGGGUUACCAGUCAUUCAUAAAGUUUUGUGUAACUUUCAAACAGGUUUAUGAAAACCACCCUGGGUCAGCUUCUAAUAAUAGACCUACAUGUAUUCAUAACGUGUAGCCUAUAUUCAAAUUUACAUAAUUAAAACAAAUAUAUUGUUCUUGGCAAGCUAAAAGCUUGCAAGACAAAGCAACAUGUAAGUGAUGUGGAGCAGUUGUCACAUUAAACCCUUGAAAAAUAAACUGCUUCCUUAUAUAAAGUAUAUAGAUUAGAAAAAAGUCUGACACUUUCAUUUAAGUAAAAAGAAAAUAGAUGACUUGUGUAAGAUACAUGUAGAAGUAUAUUUUGUGAUAUGUGUGUUGAACUAGAUAUGUGUACAUUAGGCUUAGUGUAUAAAUUUAUAUUGAUUAGAAUGAGAAUUUCUAAGAGGCAAGAGCAACAUAACAAAAAAUGGCCUUGCACUGGAUUGGUUUCGGCUGUGAGGGGGGAAUGAAUUUUAAGCAGGAAUUCUUACUUCAGGAACAUUUGAUAUUAAAACAUAAGUUUUGUACCCCCCAUUCCCCUUCUGUGUACGACCACGUUUGCAAAGAUAACUGUAUACAACAUGCUACGCAUUAUAUUCAGCACUUUGGCUGUUAUUUCUGGCUUGUGUAAGAGACAUAUCUUCAAACAAGACUGUGCUAGAACACCCUGGAGUUAUGUUAUGUACCUUGAACAUCAUUGGAAAUCCCAUCAUUUGUUUUUCAUCUCUGUCUGAAAGUCUUUCCCCAGUACAUGUACCUGUAUUGAAAACUGAAUCAGUUUAAAUACACAGAACAACAGGUAAAAUGCACAGUAGAAGCUCUGUACUUAAAGUUUUGUUAUGGCAGUUUUUAUCCUAGAUCAUCAAUUUAUAUCAUUUAUCUCCCGAUAUAAAGAUAUUUUCUGCAAUGUUCAUAAAAGAGAUUUUCAGUUAAUGUAAUUUUGUUUAUUUGUACAUUUUCAAGAGUGUUGAGACCUAGUGGUUGAUUACUCACUGGACUUUGAAACAGAAGGUCAUGGGUCCGAAUCCCAGCCAUUGCAUAGUUUUCUCUAGUUAGAAAUCGAUUCACAUUUUGUUGCACUGAAUUCAAGCGAGGUAAAUGGGUACCUGGCAGGAAUUAAUUCCUUGGAUGAGGGCUGUAAAAGGCCACAAGGCUUAGGCAAGAAUGAGUCUUUUGGAAGCUCAUAGAGAUAUAAUAAUCAUAGUUUGAUAUGCGCUAUGCAGGAAAAUUAUUAUUACUGUUUAUUAGGAGUAUUCUUUGCUUUUGGUUUGACCAUUGAGAUUUGCUUUUAUUUACAAUAAAUAAAUCCUCAACUCAAACGUAAAAUUUUGAGAAAUGUUAUGUUUAAUAGUGUUCUAGCAAGCAAAUCUAUUGAAAUGUAUUAAUUUUUUAGCUUAUAUGUACAUGUAUGAUAUAAGCAAAAAAAGAGUUUAAUUGAUUAAGAGCUUAAUAGCUUCAUGACCUGAAUUUACAAAGAUUUUAUAGCCUGAAUUCAUUCAGAAUCCAUGCAUUAUGUACGAUCAAUUUAGCCUUUAUUAAUGAGAAAGGGUUUAACAAUAGACAAAGAGAUUUUGUUACAAAGGCUUGAAUGGUAUGUGGCUAUGGUGUCAGCAGUAAUGAGCUUUUUAUUAUGAAUAAAUCAGCCCAUUGUUUAUGUUUUGGAAUUGACAUAAAUAGUGGCAUAUAUUCCUUAUAGCAACAAUUGAAACAAAACAUGCUGGGGGAGGGGGGGGGGGGUUCUGCCAGUGGGUUAAGAGCAAUAUUCUUUAUACAUUGCAACAUGUAUACUUCAUAUCACUGUACAGAAAUCUAAACUCAACUGUCUUGUCCCAACCACCUUGGCAUUUCCAACAAUUAUUGGGUUUAUUUUCAUUUGGUCCAAUGCCAAUUUGUCCAAUUGCCUACUCGUCUACUAUCAUUUGGUCUAUCCUCAGUUCAUCCAAUAUCCACAUGGUCUAAUUUCAAUUUCGUCCACUCACCAUUUUGUCUAAUAACCAGUUGGUCCAAUAGCCAUAUACCAUUUGGUCUAAUUACACUAAGUGUUAAAUGGGAAAAAUGAAUUAAAAUAAAACGAAUAUUAGACCAACUGGUUAUGAGACGAAUUGGUCAUAGACGAAGUGAUGAUUGGACCAAAUGUUUAUUGGACCAAACGGUUGUUAGACAAAAUGUUGAUGGACGGAAUGGCAUUAGACUGAAUGAAGGUAGACCAUGUGGUGAGUGGAAUUGGCAAUUUACCAUUAUUGGUCCGCUCUCACCAAUGAAUCGAUCCCCUUCAAUCCAAAUUGUGCCAAAAUAAUGCACGAGUAUGUAUGUAGUUUACUGUACUAUAAAUGACAUCAUUAUUUGUUAUUGUCUUUUUGUUUGAGUUUUAAGGAUGUAGGAGUAACAAGCCACUACACAUAGAUAACUACCAUGGCCUACAGUAUAAAAAGUCAUCUUGAUAUUUACUUGAUAAGGGAUUUGUUAUUUUGCUUUAUGGUGUUGGCCUUAAUGUUCCUAAUAAAUGCGUAAAACUGUUUUCACUUUGCUCGGCUGAACAACUCUUCUACCAAAUGCGUACUUAUUCAAUAACCUGUUUCAUUCAAUGAAAUAUAUGAGCAAAUUGCAAACUUUCUUUUCAGAUUAAUUAGGCAUGGCUCUCGCCGAGUGUGUGUGUGUCCAUUUAGAUUUUUUUUAAGUAUGAUGGAAAAUUAUUGAUAAUUUUGUUUUACAAAAUAUAUUUUGCUGUGGUACAUGUAUAUAAAACAAAUAUUUAUCAGAGCUUUAUAUUCAUACAUAUUAAUGAUUUUAUUCAUGAAAAUGAGAAGAUGCAUUUAUUGGGAUUUAUUACCAAACAUUGUUUAUUAAACCAAAAUUAAUUGGAGUACAUACAUGUACAUGGUGCUUUUAGGAAAAGAGUAUACUUAUCACAUGCAAUUUAUUAUACUAACAAUUUUGUAAAACAUUAUAGGCAAGGCUUAAGUAAAUAAUAAACUGCAGCUUUAACUUUUUUUUAUUUCUACUUUGUAGUAGCUAUUUGUGUAGAUGUAAGAAAAGGCCGAAAAUUGUUUGUCGAUUUGUCAGUGUACUCUCAAGUCUUUUGUUGUACAAAUUGAUGAUCUACAUGUACUUUGUGCACCAUGCGAGGUGUUGUAAGAAAAUAUUUACAAUCAGUUGCAAGUUACAAUUGAUGGAUCAGUUUUAACUAGAAUUCUUUUCAAUUAUUU